ACGGACCUAAGUUUGAUAAAUAAGUCUGAGAUUGACUCAAAUGAGCUUAAACAAUAACAGAACAUGAGUCAAAAAUCUCUGUCCAAUUAGAUUAGUUCUAAUGAGGACAAUAAAUUAAGAUUAAGAUCCGAAUUCCUAAUCGACCGAUCUAAUGUGUCAGUCACAUGAGACUCCCUAAAAUAAGAAAAUUUGUUUUUCUUAAUUGCUUGUGCAUUCUGUAUAUUUUAUUCUAUAUGUGGGAAUUGAAUUAAACCGGUUUUUGUUACUGGUCUGUCGGUUGUGUACUGACAUCAUGAUUUUCAAUUCUAGAUACAAAGAACGAUAUACACGAUGACUGGUCGCUAUGAACGACAACAUGAGCUAUGGGAGGAGAUCAAGAAGCUGGAAUAUGACCCAAAUCACGGAGUCGGUAGACUUAUUGGUCGACUCGAUUGGUUGUUCUGGAAUCUCGAGCGAGAAGGCCAUCCAGUCCAGGAAAAGGAUAGAAGAUGGUUUCUGGUUUAUUCAUUAUCGGAACAUCUAAGGUAGAUAACAUUCUAACUUUGAGAUGAUUCUGAUGGGCACAUCUCAUAUUCAGAGAUGUGUAGGGAGUUACUUCAUUUGGAAUGGGGUCCUGAAGAAUCUGAAGAGGAUCCAGAUCCCGAAGAAAUGGACCUCGAAGAAUCUGAGGAGGAUCCAGAAAUGGAUUCUGAAGAUUUAGAGGAGAAUACAAUUCCCGCAGAAUCUGAGGAUGAUCCAGAGAUGAACCUCGAAGAAUUUGAAGAGGAUCCAGAAAUGAAUCCUGAAAAUUUUGAGGAGGAUCCAGAGAAGGAUCUGGAGAUGGAUCCCGAAGAAUCAGAGGAGGAUCCUCAAGAGUGUGUAGAAGAUCCAGAAAUGGAUCUGAUGGAUACAUCCGAGGCUGAACCACCCAUCAUAGAAUCCGAGAUAAAUGGGAUGCAAUUACCCACUGCUCUAGCAUUUAUCCUAGUGAUCCAUCAUCCAGUGCUCCAAAUGGACAAGUUUACUCCACAAACCCUGGUAAUAUAUUGCAAUGUGUGGCUGGUGCGUCAGAUGAAGGAUUCAUGCUCAAGUACAGCUGACAACACAUGGAGAACUUCUCAGGUCAAACACUCGUAUGCCAAUCUUUUUUUAACCCCUAGUUUUUUAAUGCUUAGAAAGUUAUGUUUGUCACUUGACUUUCAUCAGGCAAUUUUGGACUCUGCUUACAACAGAGUGCCAAUGAUCCUGUUGCCCUCAGAUUACUUAAUUCAUCCAUUUUUUUAAUCUAUCUAUUGAAACUACGAGGUUGCUCGGACAAGUGGUCACGCGGUUACCUCACAAAUGGCUAGCCCGAGCGGCCGCCACCGUGAGGAUGUUUCGAUUGAUUUUAUUAAUAAAGGUAUUUAGGGACGAUCCUUGGAAAAAUUGAAACUAUAUAUAUAUAUAUAUAUAUAUAUAUAUAUUACAUUAAAUUGUUUGAUGUGAGGCUAUUUUACCUAUCUAUUUAAACUAGUUUUUUAACUUAAUUGUUUGGAAGCUUUUACAAACCUUCAUUGAAGCCGAUGAUUUUCCUCUCCUUUUACCUUGUCACUGUCAAUGUAGGUUAUCAUCUCCACUUAUAAGAAGGUUGUAUGCCCAUUAUAUCUCAUAAUCUCUUGAUUUAAUAUUGAGUUUGUGUACAUCAUCUCAGUUUUGAAUCUGUUGACAUUCUUUAUUUUUCUUCUGUCUUGAAGGGAACUUAAGUUCUGGUAAUUGUAAUGCAAGGUUAUAGCAAACUUAUGAGCUCAAUAAGCAACAUGUUUUCCCUUUUGUAUGACGACUUGAUUAUGUUGUACUUCUGCAUAUAUCUUGAGGUAUAUGCCAUCUUAUAAAUAAAAAAGGAAAAAAAAUGGUCCUUUAACCUUAAUUUCAUGAUGUACUAUAAUAUUGUGAAGGAGAUGCUUGAUUUGUGAUUGGUGUAAAGAGGAAAUUGAAUAGAAGUGAGUCGAAUUUUACAAAUCAUAAAAUCAUGUACAACAAGAAGAGAAAUUCAUAUAUAGUUUGUGGUAAUAAAUCUUGACUAUCAUUUAACAUGUAUUUCUGCUCCAGCAAUCUUUGGACAAAUAGGACUUUGAGUUGGUAUUACCUCAAGUUGGCUUGAGAAUUAACAUCUCGAGCAAGUGUUUGGAGAUUGGAGAACAUAAAGAGAAGGAUUGCUUUGCUUCUCAAUAUAUAUAUGUUAUUGGUGACCAGUAGGGUUUGAGUAUGAGUUGUUGUAUACUAUAUUUUUUAUCUAUUUGCAAGUUAGUCUAAUGAGGAUAAUAGUUUGUUGUCCAUUGAUUUGGAUAGCUUUUGUCUAGAGUUCAUUUCGUGUUGUUGCUCUUUUAUUAGAUUGUUCCUUUUCGUGGGCCAAGCUACCUUGAUCAUGUAUAUCAUAUGUAUUUUAUGUUGUGCAUUUCAUUGUGUUAAUA